AGACCAAUCGCGUCGUCAACCCUCUGGACCCUGAGUACAAGCUUCCGUCCUACAAAGAGGAGAAGCCUCCACCUCUUAAGUUUGUUAGAGACACCCUAAAUGUCAGUGAUAUCAGCAGGGCCAUAGAACGCGGCCCAAGGAAAAGACGCGGAAAUGAUGAGUAAGCUGGGAUUUGGAGUAAGGCAGAGCCUUCAGACAGGUUGAAGGAAGGCGUAAAGACAUGCCUGGCUAUGCCAGGCACUGGAUGCGAAAAAACUCCAAAAAGCACUUCUUUAUGGAGACGGUACAUAAUUCUUUGGACGCAAACGGGAGACAUAGCAGCCGAAGAGGAACACUGUCACACGAGAUUAGCAUGGCAAGAGCUUACCGAUGCCUCUCAAAGUGGAACCGAACGAUGGAGACACCAUUGAUCGCUUGAAGCCUCAAGGAUAUUCCUGUCGCAACUGCAAGACGAAACUGUCCUUGGUUGUUGUUGGCUGCCACAAUCGUGAAUAAGGAACGGCGGCUCCUCUUCUGGAAAAGCCGACAGCAUAUUUGACACCUUUGAUAGGCUACAACAGGUCGGUUGAUAUGGUUUGUGUUUGUGCACGAUUAUAUGCGCUCUGAGUAACGGAGUGCCGAACAGUGCAACGACAAAACCAUCCACAGAUAGCGUCGAGCGACGGAUGACGUAGAGAUUGGAUUUACAAUAGGCUUCACAGGACGUACCGUAGCUAUUCACUGUGAUGACAGAAUAGGUGACUCAAGCAUCGACAAGAUUGAGGGUUCCACACCCAACCAGCUUGUUCUGCGGGCCAGUUUCUUCCGCCCACCCCAAGAAUGCAGACUCAGUUCGUCUCUACAUUGUCAGGUAAGCCAUCCGCCUCCCGCGAAAACUCCGCAGUCACUGGCAGGUUACCAGCGUUCGGGAUGUGGCGACGACGGAGAGUACCCUCAUACGGCAAGCUGCUUAAGACAAGGUGAUUCUGCGUGGGAUGCUGACAGGACAUUAACGGCCCCAAAAGACCCCACCACGUCGUAGCGAGGCAUAAUAACCCCAACGACCCUGUGUAAGUUUCGAUAUGUCAUCAUAAUAACAUCCUGGAAGUGGCUCACUCGGCAAAGCCCAGAACCUUACCUAUGCAUGAGAACUCGAUUGUGUCAGGGUGUUUGCAGCUACAUUUUGCCGAAUUGGACGGUCCCAUCUCAUAUUUGGACAGAAGAGUCUAUCGCCUUGGCCGAAAAAGGCGAAUCACAACAUCAUGGCAAACAGCUUGUCAUAGGUUCGUCUAAACCGUCCACCACCUACAUACCAUACUUCUCAGCGAACUGCACUUUGGUCGCACACUGCUGGUAGCACAGUAGGCAGCUAUGGCACGGUGUGUGCAUCACUCCAGGAUGGUUACGGCUACUGGUGACGGUCGAUUGAGUUUUGCCAGCUAGCUACGAAGUAAGUGAGCCCUGAAAGCGGUAUACAAAUGUCAUAUUCAGUUGUACUGACGAAAUCCUUGGCGGUGGAGCCGAGGCAUGACGUAAUUGUACGGCGACCGACAGAGCUCAACCAUGUGUACGCGUAUAACAGGUCAUAUUGAGAAGAGCCGUCCCCGGGUGCACGCGAGGGCUGUACGAUCUCCAUUCUACCCUUUGAUAACAGAAGAUAUCGCUGGUGCAACAAGCUCAAGGUAUUUCUGACUCCGCCUUAUCCUGAUAAUGCCGAUAACUAUAGUAAGAGCAGUAGGCAUCUUCGGGGGCGAUACCGUGUAGUGCUGCCAGAAGCUAUGGCUGGGGUGGGACCAAGCAGCUGAGAAGCUGUUUGUCUAGAGGCGUUCAGCUCUGAGCUAUGACUGGCCACUUGGACCUAGAUGAGGAACUUAUGGAAACGUAAGCGACCUAAUCAAACAAUCGCGCUUUGCCGGGACUACACAGAAACGGCACAACGAGUGCAGUGAAAGCUUAGAUGCUUGCAGAUAAGUCGAACGUGAAAGGCUGUCGAGAAAACGCUUCACUCAAACCACAGUGUCGGAUAGAAAUUAGCAUUUUCCGGAAGCUGUUACUGGUGGUGCUGUUCCAGUGACCCAACGUCCUACAGUUUCCAAAAUAACUGUGAGAACUGAAGAAGAGCGGCAAUUGUUUCCGAUCGUCAAACGAUAUUUGGCAUGUCCGCACACGAAAUAGGGCAGCUAUUCUGACGGACCAGUGUAUCUGUCUCUCUCCACGGUGCGUUUCUUCGUUAUUCCUGGACGACCUCAAAACGGCAGUCGGCGGCUGGUCAUUGACUGUAUUUUGGAACGGACUGUCACAGUGAACGUAGCUACCGGAGUCCCUGGCGGCUUUCACAGCAGCCACUUGCGUUUAGUGCGUGCUACAAGCUGGACGACGCAUCGAUAUAUAACUGCGUGCUCUCCGAAUACAGGGUAGUAUGUCUACUGCGUUGGAUUUGUACUGGCUGACAGGUGCAUACCCUUGAAACCGAAGAAAGGAGGGGUUGACAUAUACUCAACUGCCGACAUCCAGGGAGCUCAGGUGAUUGCCAGGCAUCUGCGGUAGCAUCACUCGCUUAGGCUUGAAGUCCUCUGUCUUACGAUAUGGGUAAUGACUCAUGAAAGACUAGAGAAAUCAAAAUUUCCAGCCGGGUCGACGUACUCUCUGCCGAGGUGGGGCAUUGGAAUGGGACUUCCAAGUUGGCAUGUCGUUCUUUCCCCCUUCGCACAGGCAGAUACGCAGAGAAACGGACUGAAGACCAGGCGUCAUGUGAAUCCUUUGCGACCGUCCUACAACUGGGAUGUCUACCAGACACAGUUUCUUGCUGAGGCGGUUGGCCAACCCGCUCACCAGCAAGUCGAAAUAAACACGCCUGGAAAAAACACUGCCGUAGAUGCUGCCACACUGUUGCCAAGUGAACCAAAUUUCCCGCCAAGAGGCUCCUCAGAGAACUAUUUGCGCACGGCUGACGUAACGGCUUGCAAUGCAACAGCUACUGUAGCUACCCAAACGGCUGCUUCGGCGCUGCAGCAAAGAAUUCAACAGCGGAUUGCUGGCAUGAUUUCAUCAUCGAACAAUGGCUGCCAGCAGGACCCUGACAGCAGCCACUAUUUGCGUGGAGCCGGAGAAGAACGCCGCGUCCCUCAGAAACAAGGCACACUGGCAUUUACCUCUUCGGCACCGGUGUCACUCGUGCCUCUGGCCUAUCACAAAAGGAUAUAUGAGUCAGCCUCAAAGGUUUGUAAACAGUGCGCGAAAGAGGCCUCGUCUACAAGAACUUGCAAGCCGCUAACGGCUGCCGAGAAGAUCUCUAUGUUCGUAAUGCCCUGAAGCUAUUUUACUUUCACCACGAGUCCCCCGUCGAAGGGGGAUGGUGGUUCUUAGUGAGGGCAGCUAAGACGUUCCGGACAUUUCCAAAGGCCGGAAGCGCUCAUGAGCUGUUCGGCACUGACAGUGACCGUGUGAGCAACCCCGCAAUACAGCUAACUUAUUGCAGUAUUUGGGGCGAUAACUCGGUGGCGUAGAAGAUAAGCGGGCUCAACUGGUACGUUGAAUGUGUCGGUUUCCCACCAUUCCCACAAUCAGCGAAACCCAGCAGUGGAAAGGGACCUUGUGAAUGAAUUUUCAGUUCAUAUUACCUUGGCUUAUGUUCCACCAUUCCCUCGGUGUGCUAUGUCCAGUCAGAAUAUCGUAUUCUGGGUAUUCGUUUAGUGUGUGGUAGUUGAGGCGGCGAGUGCUACGGAUUAAACAAGAAACGCGAGUGAUAGUGGAUACAAGUCCGGUAGUACCUCAGAACUCGAGAACCACCGUCUUUCCCACAUUGGCCUAACACGGCUAAGAGGCCUAGCAAACACAACAAGUGUCAUGCGAUGGAAAACAGGCGAGACAUAUUCAAAUUCAGAUGCUAAAAGCCCUCAGGAAAGUCGUCGCGAGUAAUCUGAUUACUCUCUGAACGGCAUAUCUACAGUCGCGAGCGACCACCGAGAGCUUUCGCACGACUGACGUUGCUGGACACGAUGAUAUCCAUCGUAGUAGUAUUUCGCGCUGUAUCUUACAAAGGCAUUGCGACCAUUGUACAUAGAGCAGGGACCGGCACGCCUUGCUAGCCAUUUCGGCAUUGGGUGCAGUGGCAGGCGCCUCCCCGACCACUGCGGCCGCAGGUGACGAAUCUUCUCGCACUCUCGGGUUCGUGAGAAGGCUCCUGUCACCGGAGGAUGAAACAGGGAAAUACGCAGUUUUUUGCCCCUAGAUUCUCGUAGCAAGAGUGUCGAAUGUAAUGUGGUCUUUCUACGACGUUCAUUGCGAGGGUCUCGACUUUUCAACGUAGUGUAACGGUUUCUAGCCAUACGUAGGUGUGUGCGGCUCACUUGAGCUUCGAAAAACUUUUGGCCUUGUUCUCUCGUAACUUGUUUCUCCGCUAUUUGCGGUCAUAUUGUGCCUCCCUCGAAGACAAGUCUGUGAUGUCUUCCAGCGAAAAGCAGUCCGGCGAUAGUUAAAAAUCGCUUCUGAAGGGACAGAUGAGUGUCGAGGACGUUGCUGGGUCUGUAACACUCGUCGUUACUGUUGCGUUGUCGCCACGUAGUUCUUUGCCCUGCUUGCUAAGUCAUCAGUGUGGCCACUCGCUGCGCCUUCAGUUGGUGCAAAGCCAGUGACACUCAUAAGCAGUUUCUCGAAAGUUCGACUGGGGACAGCACCAUGUGGACAUCGUCGUGGCAACGAGCAAGCUCUUUCGGCGCUGUGCGUGACUCUGGCUCGGUCGCCCGUCACCGUCCGUACGUUGUCCGCGUGGCUUCACCAGCAGUUUCACCAGUCACGAGUCGGGCAAAAUUGUGCACGCCGAUGACGCUGACUGCAGUGCUGCCUUCAAGUGUUUCCCCUCUUUCAUAUUUCCAGAGACGUGAAACCCGACUUUUGAGCCAUCGCCACCCAGGAACGAGAGCCAUGUCCACAACCCUACGAUCACUGCUUCCUUGCAUGAAAGACGGGAAAGUCCCGAUGUUCAUAGACAACGAGUUUGUUACGAGCAAAACAAACAUCGCCAAUAAGGACCAGGUUCAUCUCGUGCAUUGCCCUUCAACCAACGACUUGCUGGCGGUGAACCCCCAACCCUUGGACGCCGAGGUUCACACUGCGAUCCGAAGCUGCCACUCAGCCCAAGCAGGGUGGAGGCAGAUGAGUCUGGCGCAAAGGAAGAAGUUUCUUCUCUCCUUUUUGCAUGCUUUAGAAAACGGGAAGGAUGACCUUGCUAACAUCAUCACUCGAGAACACGGGAAGACGCUGCUCGAUGCACAAGGUGAAGUCAGGCGUGGAAUUGAAGCCGUAGAAGAAACGGUAUCAGCCUCUCCUUUCCUGCGAGGCGACAAUUUGCAUAACAUAGCUGAUGGUAUGGACUGCUUCACAUACAAGCUCCCACUUGGCGUCUGCUGCGGCAUCACACCUUUCAAUUUUCCCGCCAUGAUUCCACUAUGGAUGUUCCCAGUCGCGUGCUUAGCUGGAAACACAUUCUUGCUAAAGCCGUCCGAAAGGACUCCUCUGGCGGCAGCAAAGCUCAUGAGUUUCGUUCAAGAAGCUGGCUGGCCAAAGGGUGUCGUUAACGUUGUGCACGGAGACGCACGGACUGCAAACAUUCUCUGCACGGCACCCAGCGUCGCUGCAGUUUCUUUCGUAGGCAACAACAAAGCAGGAGAAUUGAUUUACAAGCUUUGCGGAGAAUCCGGGAAACGAGCACAAUGCAACAUGGGGGCGAAAAACCAUGCUGUUGUCAUGCCAGAUGCUGACAAGGAAGAAGCUCUCAAUGGAGUUGUAACUGCGGCGUUCGGUGAAGCAGGCCAGCGGUGCAUGUCUACUUCAGUGCUGCUAUUGGUUGGCGAUGCCGGAAACUGGUUGGAAGACCUCCUACUCGUUGCAAGUGCUUUAAAAGUUGGUCCGGGCAGCGACCCGAGCGUCGAUGUUGGGCCGCUGAUUUCCAAGGAAUCAAAGAUUCGAAUCAAAGCGGCGGUGAAGCAGAGCAUUCGUGAGGGUGCAAAGCUUCUACUGGACGGUCUUCAUCCUGUCGUGGAAGGUUUUCCUAACGGCAACUUUCUCGGUCCCACAGUUUUGGAGAUUCCUCAUCUGAACAUCACUGCCUACAAGGAGGAACUGUUCGGGCCAGUUCUCUGCGUUAAGAAGGUCAAUUCUAUCCAAGAGGCAGUGGACCUCGUGAACACAAACAAAUACGGGAAUGGCUCGGCUAUUUUCACACGAAGCGGUUCAACAGCUCGCUUCUUCCAGCAGUCUGUUGCUGUCGGACAAGUGGGAAUAAAUGUUCCGGUACCCCUUCCUCUCCCAAGUUUCUCCUUCACCGGCUGGAACGACAGCAUGCGUGGAGCUCUUCACUUCAACGGCAAAAUGGGCGCCGAAUUCUACACACGGACCAAAACGAUCACUGCCCGUUGGAGGGGGAGUGGCUGUCACUAGUUUCGGGUGCGUGCCGGUUAAUCGACUAAAACGGCGAUUACAGCGCCUUACGGCCAAGGAUCGACUAACCAGCGGCGACGAUUGUCAGGAAACACUGAUGUUCUGUGUUCACUCGAAACGAGCAACGCGCAGUUUCAAGGCAGUCCUGCAUGAAUCAGUGUUACUGGGUGUUGUACACGCGACAUUUGGGCAGUUUUACCGGACCAAGCAGCCUCAAACGUGACCCUGCCGAAUGUGGUUUCGUAGUGUCCUAGUAAGGAUAAGAUGACGAAGGACUGCAACAGGACAAAAGCCCUGCAUAUUUAAGGCA